CGAUGAAAACGACGCCUUGUCGCAAUCGAAAACUGUGGAUGAAUUUAUUUGGAUACCAACAAAUUCUAUGAUAUUUAAGUAAAACGGAAGUUAAGAAAUGCUUUGUUUUAAUAACUAGUUUUGUUUUUAAGCGUAUAAAUACUUAUAAUUAUAAUACUCUUAUCGCCUAAUUUUGUAUGAUUACUUCAGUAUUUUUCUUGGGUUUUUCUAUCCUUUGGGCUUUGAUAGAAAUUUAAGUGCGAUUUAUUACCGGUUGUACCUUACGAUUUACGUGUACCUUCUUCGAAAUCGUGGUUUGCCGUUGUGUUUAAAAUGUCCAAGGAGGAGUCAAAAAAGGGAUCUUCCGAAGGGGAGGACAUUCCAAGUGAUUUUUUCGAUGAUUUUAAUAAAGAAGAUUUCAUGGAUGGUCUUAGUGUGAUCGAUAGUUGGAACAACGAGGAAAAACGACGGUCUAGAGGACGCAUCGACGAGGAAGCAGUCAACAGCGUCAGUGAUUUGCGCGAACUGAUCGUAAAUGAAGAAAGAAAUUCAAGGCGUGGAUCCAGAGAUAGUCCGUAUGAAAAUAAACAUUUAGAUGAUUAUAUCAAACCAGGAAGCCGUCGAGAUCCAAGCAAAACUCAAGAAGCUAUACGGAGAGAUAAAGAAGUUAAGGUGAAGGAAUUUCUUGCCAAACAUCUAGAAUCUUCAGAUGACUUGCGUCCCCCUGGUACUGAAUUGGAUGACUAUUUCGAUGAAUCAAUAAGUGAGAAGAAGAAAUUAGAAGAAAAAUUUGAAAUGAAGAAUCGAAUAAAAGAAAGACAUGAUUCAAAUGAAGAUUUCCAUAGGGACAUUAGGGAACAGCAUGAUUUUGAUGAAGAUAAGCAUCGCAGUAUGAAGGGAAGACAUGAAUUUGAUGAUGAUAGACAUCGCGGUUUUAGGGAACGACACGAUUUCAAUGAAAGCAAGAAUAGAUUUUCUUAUAGGGCCCAAGGAGAUUAUCCAUAUAAACGUCGGCGAGAAUCUCCUCGAUUUCGUCAUGAACCACCAUUUAGGACAACUUUUGAUUCGUCUCAAUUCAGACGAUCACCGUUUAGAUACCGUCGUAUAUCUCCUUCAAAACGUCAUUAUGACACACGAUUCAGAGGCCAAGAACCAUUACCACACAAUCCACGUCACCGUAGUCCAAGACGUCCUGCGCAUGCACCUCAAUGGAGUCCACGUCACAGCCCACAGCGAAUGAGAAGAAAUCGGAGUCCAGAACCUCGUCGGGAGCGCCGAUCGCGUUCGCGUUCGCCUUACAAGAGAACAUACACUUCAACAAGAUCGCGAACACGAUCUCGCUCCACAUCGAAAAGUCGUGUCCAAAAGGAUGAUUUUCUUUACCCUGAUAAAUACAGCAAACCAUCAACCGAUUUGCCUUUGCCAGUGGAACCACAGUAUGUGCCACCUGUGAGUAAUGAGUAUGGAGGCCCUUCAUACCAAUAUCCACAGGUGCCAGCAUAUACAGGGUACAAUGAGCAAUAUUAUCCCCCACAACCCAACCCCCAACUUUUGCCUCAACCGAUUCCAAAUCAAAAUAUCAUGGCACCUCUUAAUACACCAAUGGCACCGACAAUGAAUCCUGCAAUGGUACCUGCGCCCUGUAUGGUGCCUGCACCUUCACAACCCACACCAUCAAUACCUAUAAACCCAAUAGCUUCACAAAUUCUCGAAACAACGCCAGCAUCGCCUUACGACGCAUUAGCAAAAUUGGUCGCUGAUGGAAAACUUUCUCAUGAAGAUUAUUUGAAGCUGGCACCUAAUAAGGGUGUUACUCAAAACAUGGACCCAAAGGCUAGGGUUUCUGUGCUGAAUCGCUGUAAUGUAGCUUUGUCCCAUCUUGGUAACUUGACAUUACCCAACCGUUUAUUGAUACACAACUUGUACAUUGGUCAAGAGCAGAAAUCCAUCGCACCAAUGUUCGGCUCCCCCUUGAAGAGGCAAUCGGCAAUGGAGUUCUAUUUUUCGAAGACAGAAAAAUCGAUCGUCGCUCAGCGAAACAAGCAGAUCAUCGAGUCUAUCAUUUGUGCGCUGUCGUUGGAUAAAGUGGUGUCGAGACCCAAGAAGAAGGUGCAGAAGGAUGUUAAAGAAGCUUCAGUGCAAACUUUUAAACCGGUGUGUGAAGUGUGUGAAAUUCGGGAGACUGUUAAGUUCUGUGAUGCAAGUACCUCUACCGAUCCAGAAUACUUCCGUUCGUCGGUACAUACCCAGGUGAUUGAGGAAGAUCUGUACAGCUCUAAAUCGGUGUUCAACCCCAGUGGCAGUGGCAGCAGCAGUGCACCGAUUUCUAUAGCUCAUCUUACGCCGGCUCAACUCGUGUCUCAGCUAGCGGCGAGGGCCAAGACUCUGAAGCAGCCUGAACCACCGUACCCAAACCAGAGAGGUAAUAGACCUAAUUUUGAUUAUGAUUACAACCGAAGAGGUAAUCAAUAUCAUAAUCAAAAUCCUAAUUAUAAUAAUUACAGAUACUAAAUAAAAGAAAGUUACAAAAUGUAUUUUUGGUUGAAUAAAUUAAGUAAUCAUAUUCUAUUAUUCUCUUUAGUUAAUACUUUAAUUAUUUUGGGCAUAUUUUACUAUGAAUGUUUGAAUUAUUAAUUGAGGCAUUUACGAUGCACUUUUUUUUGUAUAACUGAUAGAACCUACAUCUAUCAGGUCUAUCUAGGAAGCAUCAGCAAGUGUGCUAACAUUCACAUGCAAAUGCAAAUGUUCAAUAAAUUUUCUUUGUUUAUUUUUAAAUAAACAUUGAAAAAUGUGAUUGUCAACACACGCAUAGGUGCACUUAGAUAAAUAAUUCUGUAAAUAAAAUGUGAAAAGUUCUUUUAUCAAAAACCUGUUUUAAACUUAGGAUAUUUUACUAAAUGCCCUUUUUAAUGUAAUAACUAGAUUAUUAAUUUUUGUUUUUUAUUAUAUAGUGCAUUUUAUAAUUUCUAUUAUUAUUUGUUUAUCACUGGACGGUGUUAAAUACCAUGUUAUUGUAAAAGUUUGUAGAAUGAGGUCUGAUGUUUAUGUUAUGUGCAAAUAUAAGAUCUCUUGGGAGUGUGUUUUAUUCUUAAAAAGCGAACUACCUUUAACUAUCAUGCUUGAACAAUCUGAAGGAGCAAUAAACUUCAAAAUAAAAACCAAGAAGCUACAAUGGCGACCUUCAUCGUUAUUCCACAAGAAGAAAUUUUCAAAAGGAUCAACAUAAAGAAAUUUGCAAGCUGAAGAACUUUGCGGUUUAACAAAUGGCACACACAGCAGGACCCUAACUUCUGCAGAUGCGAAUUUUUUAAUCAAUUCCACUUAACAUUUUGUUCUGUAAUUUUCAUAUUAUUAGAUUUACAUACCUACAUUAAGUCUUAAUAAAAUGGUGUAAGUCAACAAUAAAUCUAUAUAAAACUUGCUGGAAAUUACUGGGGAAAUGUAGUAGAAAGUAUACAAUAAAUGUUAUUUAUGAAACUAUA